UAUGACUGCACCCACCGACCAAGAAAGAAACGCAACAGAAAACCAAAACCCCCAAUUCAAAAACCCGCAUCCCCUACCCGGGAUAAAGCCCUGACACCAACAUGCCGCGACGUCCACGCCCCCGCGAAUAUGACGAGAUCUACGGCAACGACCCCAGCCAGUACUACCGCCGGCCAGCUCGCGAGCAGCCACCGCCGCCACCGCCUCCACCGCUCCCUAUCGACGAUGACCCGCCUAUUCCCUACCGGGCGCCGAGCCCGCCAAUGAUCGACAAGUUCGAGCGCAUGCGGAUGCGCGAGCAUCCACGACGGGAGCGCGAAGAGAUCGAUCUGUCGCCGCGAUCGGUGGAGCCCGAGCCGAUUUAUAGACGGCGGGGACGGGGCAAGCCCAAGCCCCCCAUGUUCGACAGCGAUCACGAGAGCAUCACCGAGUAUGAGGCGGACAAGAAGUAUCCGGGCCAGUUUCCCGAGAGCGAAGUUGAGGGAGACCUCGUUCCUGUUGGGAGGAGGCGCUCUUUGCCUCCAAGGGAGUUGCUGCGCGAUCAUGCUAAAAGUCAUGAGUUUAUACGCCGGAGUAAGAGCCAGAAGAAGGGGGAGAAGAUGAAGAGGCUGGAGUUUGAGCGUGGUGAGCGGCGUCCGUCGUCUAGUGGUGGGAGGCGAGAAGAGUAUAGGAGGGAGAGGAGUAGUCGUCAUCCGCUUCCGCCUUCACGGCUGAGGCCUGCGUCUGGGUAUCAGACGGAGAUGGAAGAUGACGAGGAUGAUGAAAUCAUGAUCCCUGGGAAGGGGGGUAGAGGGAGUUCCGAGAGAGAUGAGAUUGAGGAGCUUAGUAUACAUGGUGAUGAGUCUUCGCCUGAAUCCGAGGAUUCUGCCACGCUGGCUCGGGCGCCUCCUAGGCCUCGAGACCCUGGUAUGCGUCAGAGGCAUGGGCGACGGGGUUACGAAAUGCCGCGCCCUCCCCGUGUGCCCAGCCCGGAGGUCAGCUUCGAAGAACAGAGGCUUCAUCGACGCGAAAUGAGAGGAAUGCCCCCGCGCGAAGAGACCAUUCCAGAAGAAAGGAUGAAGAACGGCCCCCCAAUGCCAGUCCCAAUCCCCAUGCAUCGCGUCCCCCCCGAGCACCUAGGCCCACGAAAGGGAGAGUUUCCCGUAGUCGACCAUCGGCUCCUGGAGGCUACAAAGGCCAUCCCAAGCGACGCGAGCGAAGACGAGAGCGAUAGUGACGACGAAAACGGAAUGAUCAAAAGCUUUUACCAACACCACGACCCGGAGCCUUCUCGGCCCAUCAGCCCACGGAAGGACGCCACCGACGGCUGGGCAAUUGUCAACGCUGGCCCUAAGCCAAUGCACACUUUGCGGGAGCCGGACCCAUUCCCGGGGCCUCGAUUUCCUAAAGACUCGAAACAAAAGGUCGCUUUAGAAGACAAGAACGCGCCCGGCACAGAGGUAGACGGAGGCCGGGGCAAGAUCGGUCGACGGUAUGUUGGACUCAAGGAUAAGCGGGACAAUCUCUGGACGGAGAUUACGAAGGAUUUGGUUGUGAAAGAGGCGAUUGAGCGCAUUGGGUACGAGUACGAAGAGACCGCAUCGUCGUACUAUGUUUUUUCAUACCUGCAAUAUGUAAGUUGGAUGCGGUCCUUCUCACGUUUUCCCCUUUUUCCAUUUCACAUCAAUCCCGGUUUUACAUCCUUCCCGUUUUCACAUCCAUCCCAUGUGUGUUUUUCUGUGUCUUUCUCUUGUUUUAUUCCGGUUGAUUUUCUUUGUCUCAACUAACACCGCCACACAGGAUGACGUUUCAGCCCUGGUGGAAAUGUCAGAGGACAUUCGCCAGGCUCGCCGUCGGCGAAUCCAGGAGAUCCACCAGGAACGAGCCUCGAUGGCGGAGAAGCCUAGCCAGCCGAUGCUCGACAAGCCACCGUCACCGGCUCCUCGUUUCCGGCCUCGAGAGGAAAGGAGGGCGAGGGAGCGGAUUGAUGAGGGUCGGAGACCGGGUCGGUCGGGGAGAAAAUAGAUGUUUUUUUUUAUUCUAUUUUAUUUUAUUUUUUUCCUUCUUCUUUCUUUUUCAUGUUUGGCACGGGUUAUUUUUUUUUGACAUGGUUGAUGUUCUCUUUCCACUGAUCGGGGGUUUGAUGAGUUAUGAUUGAUUAUGUACUACGUAGUAGGUACUCGCCUGUACGAGUACCUUUUGAAUGACAGGAUCUGUAUGCCACUGCAGAGUUUAGAGAUACAAUGGAGAUCCAGAUCCAAUUGACCGAUUGGCAUAUAGAUGAGCAUAACAUGGCAUGGCAUGGCAUGACAUGACAUGACAUGAUAUUUACUCU